CACCACACACUUCCCUCUGUUUCGACUCACCACCGAACCACUUCGAAGUGCCAUCUCCUGAAGACUUCACGCAAGACUUUUAUAGACUUCUCCCAUCUCCUUACGACUCAACACCCUGACACACACCACCACCACAAUGGCAGAACAAUCUUCUACUUCGUCAGGCUACGUGCACCUGGGCGCUCGCUCCCCUGGCAGCGACACCUCUGGCACCUCUUCCAACCUCCUCGUAUCCGAGUCCGUUCGACCCAUCAUCCUCUCCAGCUCCACCACUGCUGGAGCCACCUUUGUUCGCAUCCCCGUGCCCUUUGAGCCAGCCGCCGCUUGGAUCUCGGCCGAAGUGAUCAGGGACGAAUUCCACCGAAACUUGGCCAAGCACAAGGGUGAAGAUGCUGGUCUCAAUGCCGAGCAAGAGUCCGAGGCAGCCGAGGCAAAGGCAGCCGCUGAGAGUGGCGCCGAUGUGACCAAGCCUUCUGGAGCUCGAAUCAUCCUCUUCUCCAAGUUCCUCGGCUUCCUCUCCCACAAGCUCCGAGCAGCUGACACCAACACCGCCGUUCACGAAAUCGAGGUACUCUACCGCGCGUGGCUCCAAUUUGGGGGUGAAUUCCUUUCUUCGACCAACGAUGUACACAGCCUCGUCACUGCAGCCGUCGACGUCGACCAGCGAGCCUCCGUCUUGCGAAGCUACUUUGAGGCAUACGUCGUCCUCGAGAGGUGCGGCAAAGUCGACGCAAAGUCCAUCGAGACUCCCAAGCUCUUGGACCUCGCUGACCAGGGCAAGGCUAAGGCCUUUGCCAUCUUCGGCGGUCAAGGUAACAAUGAAGUCUACUUCAAUGAGCUCCAGACCCUCUACGACACUUACCGACCUCUCGUCGAGGAGAUGCUCCACGUCAGCAGCGUAGCUCUGCAAAAUUUGGCAGAGGAUGCCAUUGCCAGUGGCUUCUCCAACUACUAUACCCACGGCCUCGAUGUCCUCUCUUGGCUCCAGCACCCCGCCACUCGACCACCCGUCGAGUACACUGCCAGCAUCCCACUGAGUCUGCCCCUCAUCGGCCUGACUCAGCUCACUCAGUACCUCGUCUCUUGCCGCGCUUCUGGCCUGACCCCAGGAGAGAUGCGAGACCGACUGUCGGGCGGUGCUACUGGCCAUUCGCAAGGUAUCAUCUCCGCCAUUGUCGUUUCUGCCUCGAGCAGCCUCGAGACGUUCCAAGCCAAUGUCAUCAAGGCCGUCGGUCUGCUGUUCAACAUCGGUAAGCGUGGUCAAGAGGCCUUCCCUACCCGCACCAUUGAGCCAGCACUCGUCGCCGACGCAGUCGAAGGUGGCGAGGGCGAGCCUACACCCAUGCUCAGCGUUACUGGCCUCUCCCAGCAUGCCCUCGAGGGCUUCUUGAAGAAGACAAACACCCACCUCAAGGACGACGAAAAAGUGGGCAUCUCCCUCUUCAACUCGCGCCGCAACUUCGUCGUCACUGGUCCUCCUCGAUCCCUCUUUGGUCUCGUCAGUCAGAUGCGAGCUGCCAAGGCCGAGUCUGGACAAGACCAGAGCAAGGUCGCUUACAGCAAGCGCAAGGCAGCUUUCAACAUGCGAUUCUUGCCCGUUGGUGUUCCUUACCACUCGGCUUACCUGCAGGGUGCCACUGCAAAGGUCACUGGCGAAGACUACAAGGGUGCCGAGCUUUGGAGCGCUUCUGAUCUCGCCAUUGCUGUUCACAACACCUUUGACGGCUCCGACAUGCGCUCCUACGAGGGUGCCAGCAUCGUCAAGUCUGUCAGUGACCAGAUCUUCACCGAGCCAAUUUACUGGAUCCAGGCUACAAAUGUCAGCAAGGACAUCACUCACAUCAUCGACUUUGGUACCGGCGGUCUCAGUGGUAUCGGUGGCCUGACUGCCCGCAAUCUCGAGGGCCGGGGUACUCGUGUCGUCAUUCCAAGCGGUGUUCACGCCAGCUCGUCCGAGCUCUACAGCAGGCAGAGUGUCAAGUUCGAGCCUCGAUGGGAAGAGGCCUUCAUGCCUCGCUUGGUGAAGAAUGCUGAUGGCAAGAUCUUGAUCGACACUCCUUACUCGCGUCUCACCUCUCGCAAGCCUCUGCUCAUCGCUGGUAUGACACCUUCGACUGUCCAGCCCGGUCUCAUCAUUGCUGCCGCCAAGGCUGGUGCUAACGCUGAAAUUGCCGGAGGUGGACACUACUCGCCCAAGUCGAUGUUGGCCAAGGUUCAGGCUAUCCAGAAGGAGGUGCCUCCUGGAUCUGGUCUCUCGUGGAAUGGUCUCUUCAUCAACCCUCGCCACUUCCCUUGGCAGCUGGCUGAGUGGUGCGCCCUUCGAAAGCAGGGCUACCCUCUCGACGCCUGGACCACCGCCGCUGGUAUUCCUUCCACUGACAAGGCCAAGGAGAUCGUCGGUCAGCUCAAGGAGGCUGGCAUUGAGCACAUGACCCUCAAGCCUGGAUCCGUCGAAGGCAUCCGACAGACUUGUGCCAUUGCCGCUUCCAACCCAGACUUCUUCUUUGUCAUCAACUGGACUGGAGGUCGAGCCGGUGGUCACCACAGCUACGAAGACGUCUUCCAGCCCAUCGUCCAGACCUACUCGCUCAUCCGAAAGUACUCGAACAUCUCCCUGCUUGCAGGAUCCGGUCUCGGUGACUCUGAAUCCAUCUGGCCAUGGAUGUCCGGAGAGUGGUCUCUGCAAUUUGGUCUUCCCCCAAUGCCCUUCGAUGGAGCUCUCCUCGCCUCUCGUGUCAUGAGCGCCAAGGAGGCCCACACCAGCCCUGCCGUCAAGCAGCUCAUCGUCGACGCUCCCGGUGUCGAUGACGCUCAGUGGGAAGCUACCUACGACAAGGAGACUGGUGGCAUCAUCACCGUCAUCUCUGAGCUUGGCGAGCCCAUCCACAAGAUUGCUACUCGCGGUGUCAAGCUGUGGGCCGAGCUCGACAAGAAGCUCUUCAGCCUAAACAAGGACAAGCGUACCGCCUGGUUGGCCGACAUCAAGAAUGCAAAGUGGGUCAAGGAGAGGCUCAAUGCAGACUUCCAGAAGCCUUGGUUCCCUGCCAAGCUCGAUGGUACCAUGCUCGAUGACCUGUCGGCCAUGACCUACGAGGAAGUUACCCGACGGCUCUUCAAGCUCGUCUACGUUCACCAUCAGACUCGCUUCAUCGACCCAAGCUACGUCCGUCUGCUUGGAGACUGGAUCCGACGUGUCGAGGAGCGAUUCGCUGGCAUCAGCACCGCCGGUGGCGCCAAGAUGUCGGUCCUGCAGAGCUACUCUACCCUACAGGAGGACCCCAACAGCGUCCUCGACUCCUUCUUUGCCGAGUACCCCGACGCCAAGGAGUUCUGGCUCUCGGCCGAGGAUGAUGCCUUCUUCGUGCAGCUGUGCCAGCGACCUGGUCAGAAGCCUGUUCCCUUUGUGCCUGUCCUCGACGGUAGCUUCCAGACUUGGUUCAAGAAGGACUCCCUCUGGUUUGCCGAAGACGUCGACGCCGUCUUUGAUCAGGACGCUCAGCGAGUGUGCAUCCUGCAAGGCCCCGUCGCCGUCAAGUACUCGACCAAGGUCGAUGAGCCCCUCGCCGAGAUCCUGGGUGAGAUCGAAGAGGGCGUCAUCAGCCGUCUCUUGAACAAGUUCUACGAUGGCGAUGUCAGCAAGGUCCCCAGCGUCGACUACCUCGGUCCCACUCCUCGAGCCCUCGAUGCUGGCCUUCUCUCGCGACACGGCAUCACCUCCGUCUUCGAGCAGUCUGUCAAUGGCGGUGUUGGCUCCAUCCGUACGCUCAAGAUCCGCAACAGCCUGCCCAAGACUCAGGACUGGCUUGAGUACCUUGCUGGAGACCAAUUCAGCUGGCUCCGAGCCCUCCUCUGCAGCGUCAGCGUUGUUCAGAACACCAACUUUGCCGACAACCCGCUGGCCCGCAUUGCAGCUCCCCGAGCUGGCCAGACUGUUCAGAUCCGCUACGAUGGUCGCGGAGAGCCCGAGGGACUGACGAUCAAGGGAGCAGCUCGCUCUCACGGUCCCCACGACCCCAACUUUACCGUCGUCGACAUCAGCCGAGCUGCCGGUUCCUCUCGCAUCAACGUCACCCUCUUCGAGGAGCGUCUGGGUGAAGCUGUUCCCUUGCACCUCCUCUUCGACUACGUUCCUGGCAGUCCCAAGCAGAUUCACGAGGUCAUGGACGGCCGUGCUGACCGCAUCAAGAGCUUCUACUGGCGCCUGUGGUUCCACGAGGAGAUGCCAGAGGUCUCCGUCUUGGCCAACACCAAGGAGCACGUAGGCCCUGCUAAGCAGCUCGAGGAGAGCGCCAUUCGCAAGUUCGUCCAGUCUUACGGACAGUCUGUCCAGUCUGGUGGCAAGGCUCCCAUGGACAUUGCCAUUGUGCUUGGCUGGGAGGGUAUCAUGAAGGCCCUCAUCGCUGCUACUGGCUCGGCUGAUCUGCUCAGAUUGGUACACCUGUCCAACUCAUUCAAGACUGUCGAGGGUGCCAAGCCCCUUCAGGUCGGAGACGUCGUCUCUUCCAAGGCCAGCGUCGAGAGCAUCAAGAUCUCCGAGACUGGCAAGACUGUCGCCGUCAAGGGAUGGGUUGUCCGAGAUGGCAAGCCCGUGACAGAAGUCGUCUCUGCUUUCUUCUUCCGAGGCAAGUUCAGCGAUUACCAGAGUUGCUUCGAGACGCAGUCUGAAGAGUACGCCGUGCAGAUCAAGACGCAGGCAGACGCCUCGGUCCUCUUGGCCAAGGAGUGGUUCGAGUGGAUCGCUGCCUCUCCUCUGCAGGCUGGUACCACCCUCGAGUUCCGAAUUGAGAACGAUGUGCGCUUCAAGGACUCCAAGUCUUUCUCCUCUGUCAUUGUCAAUGGUGCUGCCUACAUCCGAGACUACCGAGACGAGCUCGUCAAGGUUGGAAACGUGGCCUACGAGUCAGACGCCGUGUGCUACGGCAACGCGGUCACUGCUUGGAUGCAGCGAGUCUCUGGAAAGGCCAGUGGCCCCAUCCCUCUCGAGAAUGGUGGCUACACGAUCCUCGUGGCUCCUGGUCAAAAGGAGUCCGUCUUUGUUGCUCCUCCUUCCAACGAGCCUUACACGCUCGCUUCGGGUGACAGCAACCCCAUCCACGUCUCGCCAGUGUUUGCCGACUUUGCCGGUCUGCCCACGACCAUCUGCCACGGUAUGAGACAGAGUGCUGUGGUCAAUGCCGUAGUUGCCAGCGUCGCUGCAGAGGGUCACAGCGAGCGAUGCCUGAGCUGGGAGGCCACCUUCCUCGGUAUGGUCAACCCAGGCGACCGCCUCACCAUCUCCCUGCGCCACGUCGCCAUGAGGGACGGCCACAAGAUCAUCAAGGCCGAAGCCAAGAACCAGAAUGGCGAGAAGGUCCUCGAAGGUACUGCCACUGUUCAGCAGCCUCCCAGCUUCUACUGCUUUACCGGUCAGGGAUCGCAGGAGACUGGGAUGGGAAUGGACCUCUACACUACCUCUGAGCACGCCAAGGCCCUCUGGGACGAGGCUGACAUCCAUCUGCAGUCCUCGCUCGGUCUCUCCAUCCUGGAGAUUGUCAGGGAGAACCCCAAGAGCAAGACCGUCUACUUUGGAGGUGUCAAGGGUCACCAGAUCCGACAGCGCUACCAGGAAUUCACCUAUGAGAGCCUCGAUGAGAGUGGAAACAGCGUCACGCUGCCACUCUUCCCCGAGAUUACUCCUACGUCACAGAGCUUUACGUUCUUCCAUCCCGUGAGUGUUCGAAUGAAGAAGGGUGUUGGGUGAGCAGAGAGGUGGGCGUGUCUUUGCAGAGCGGCCCCGAGCGGCUUCGAAAGGUAGGCGAGUCGUGGCCAGAGCAUAUACCCCCACAGCAUACAGCACAGCACAUCACACAGCAGCAGCAAGUCACAAUCACAGGUGAGUGGCCGCCGUAGGAGAUGAUAAGAUGGAGUCGUUGCGUAUCUCAGGUGAGUGCAAGAGUGAGCAGAGAGGGUUGACUUCCGAUUGCACGUCAAGCCGAGGUGAGUCCGAAUCAGGUCGCGCGUGGGUCUCGUGUCAGGCCUGGCUUUGCUCGGUCGUGCCUGUGGUUCC